CCCCCUGGAUUUAGAGCAGUGUUCCCUCAAGGUGCUGGAGCCAGAAGGCAGCCCCAGCUGGAGCCUCCUGAAGCUGCUGGGAGAUCGGGGCUGCACCGUGAUGGAGCUGGUGGAGUCCCUGCAGGCCCUGGAGCACACAGAGGCUCUCCAGUGUCUCAGCCUCUCAGGUAUAAAGAUCGUUGUACAGCCAGACUCUCAAGCAGUGCUGUCUGGUCAGGCGGUCAAGCUAUGCUGUUGGGCAACAGGACACCCAUUUGUGCAUUACCAGUGGUUCAAGCAGGAAAAAGAGGUUCCCCAUGGUAAUUCUCCAGAGCUGGUUUUGAAUCCGGUGAAUGUGAACGAUUCUGGCUUUUACAUCUGUCGAGUGAACAGCGAAUCCUCCUUCGUGUUCAGUCGGUGGGCACGACUUGAAGUUUGUGAUCUGCAGGGCACAUCUCAUGGGAGCUUACUUGGUUUGCCCGAAAACAAGUUGCGCAUCUGUAUUCAGCCUCAGCCGCAGAACCUGACGGUGGGGGAUGCGUUGGUGCUCGAAUGCGGAGCUGUUGGAAACCCAGUUCCUCAAUACCAGUGGUUCAGAAAUGGAUUUCCUGUGGCCAACGGGAGCCAAAAUGUCUACAUGGUGACUUACGUGGAUGUGGAGCACCAGGGGACGUACUGGUGCCGUGUAUUCAAUGAGCGGGAAGAUCAAGACAGCAAGAAGAUAGAAGUGGUUAUAGGAAGGAAAGCUGUGGCCGUGGAGUGCACAGAAGAAGAUCUAAGUGAUCUUCAAAAACCAGACCUACAGGAACAAUCGAACCACAGACCUGUUGCGACAGACAAGGUAGCGCUGCUGAUAGGAAACAUGAGCUACUGGAAUCACCCCCAGCUCAAGGCACCGAUGGUGGACGUCUAUGAAUUGACUAAUUUACUAAGACAGCUGGACUUCAAAGUUGUUUCUCUGCUGGAUCUUACUGAGUCCGAGAUGCGAAAUGCAGUGGAUGAGUUUUUACUUCUCCUGGACAAAGGAGUAUAUGGUUUGUUGUACUACGCUGGCCAUGGCUACGAAAACUACGGAAACAGCUUCAUGGUUCCUAUCGAUGCUCCGAAUCCGUACCGCUCUGCAAACUGCCUGUGUGUGCAGAACAUCCUCAAACGCAUGCAGGAGAAAGAGACGGGACUCAACGUAUUCCUGCUGGAUAUGUGUCGGAAAAGGAAUGAGUACGAUGACACAAUUCUUAUCUUAGAUGCUCUGAAGGUCACAGCCAACAUUGUUUUUGGAUAUGCCACGUGCCAAGGAGCAGAAGCUUUUGAAAUCCAGCAGUCGGGGCUGGCCAAUGGCAUCUUCAUGAAGUUCCUGAAGGGCCGCUUGCUGGAGGACAAGAAGAUCACUGUGCUGCUCGACAGGGUUGCAGAAGAUAUGGGCAAGUGUCACCUGACCAAAGGCAAGCAAGCUCUGGAGAUCCGCAGCAGUUUGUCAGAGAAAAGGGCCCUGACUGACCCCAUCCACCAAACCCCCUCCUCUGCAGAGGCUCUGGCGCGGAACCUGCAGUGGGCCAAGGCGCAUGAGCUUCCAGAAAGCAUGUACCUGGAAUUCAGAUGUGGUGUGCAGAUUCAGCUGGGGUUUGCAGCCGAGUUUUCCAACGUCAUGAUAAUCUACACGCGAAUCGUAAAGCAGCCACCUGAAAUAGUAGUUUGCAGAGCUUACGUUACAGACUUCGCACUCGACCUGGAUGUGGAUCCUAAAGAGGCCAACAAAGGAACCCCUGAGGAAACGGGAAGCUAUUUAGUGUCAAAGGACCUUCCCAAACACUGCCUCUACACCAGGCUGAGUUCACUGCAGAAACUAAGGGAACACUUGAUCUUCACUGUCUGCUUGCACUACGAGUAUCCUGGAAUAGAAGAUACAAUGGAUGAAAGAAAGGAAGUUAAUGUUGGGAAGCCCCUCAUUGCUAAAUUAGGGCUUCAUCAUGGGCUCAAACCCAGUAACUGUCUCCAGACCUGUUGCGUGGCUAACAAUCCUUUUCAUCAUCAAACAGAAUCAAGUCCAGUGGCAACCAAGUACUACGUCCCUAGUCACUGCCAGCCAAAUUCCUGUCCAGGCGCCUACCACCCAAGCCCUGUUUGCUCGGACAGCAUCAGGCACCCAGAGGCGUGUUCUUGCAAUGGGACCUCAAGGGUAUUCACCUCGAGACACGAAGUGGGGAAUUUCUCGGCCCCUGUGGAAAGCGGUAACGUCCCUGUGGAGACCACCGACGACACGGCAGAGCUGGAGAGCCUGCUGUCAGACAGCCUCAGGCUCUGCGGGCCGCAGCAGCCCUGA